AUGCCCACGAUUGGCCUCUACUGCACUGCAGCCAUAGGCGCCUCGCGUCUAUGCAGGCUCCAUGGUUCUUUCCUGCGUCAAGGGAGAGGGCUGCUGUCUGGCUGUCGCGUGACGGAGAGGAGACAGGGCCGUGCAUUUAAUCAGAGAUGUGCAGAGGCACGCGCAGGGAGCGAUGCCAGCAGCACUUGGGGCUCGGCGGGUGCUGGAGCACUUUUGCAGGGCAGACAAGUUCAGAGAGCUUUUUCUACGGCACCCAGAUUGGACGAUAACACUGUUAAAACCACGCGUGGUGAAGACUGUGAGCGCUUGCGUGUUGCUCGCCUAUUGCGGCGCUACCAGAUGCUUCGGCCUGAAGACCGAAUGCGGCUUGAGCAGGAACAUCGGAGGGAGGGCGGAAGUUUCAUGGGAAAGUGGCAAGAACUUCGGGCUAAAGGCAUAGACAAUCAGCUUCAGUCUUGGGAAGCAGAAAAGCGCGAACGGGAAGAGCAGCAGGAACGGACGCUACGUCUGCGAGAUAUUUACAAACCUGCUCAUUUGCGUCGGCGCAAGCGGAAAGUUAAACGGGUUCAGCAGUCUGAGGAGCAGGCGCCGCCAGUGGUGGCUGCAAAUUUUACGGAGGAAGCACAGACUCUCAGCCUGGUGGAAGAUGCCCAUAAAGCCGAAGUAUACGAAGAGAUCUGCGCCAGGCUUAGCCGAGAUCGCCCCACUCUUGUGAAUGAGUUCACUGACUUUGACAACCCGUACAUGUUAAAGCGCCAGGCUCUCAAGAGACUGCUGGAGGAGCGCGGGACACGCAACGCGCUGGACGAAUCAAUGAUUGAUAAGUACCUGGACAAGAGGCCAGACCUCCUAAAGUUGCGGCUUGCUGCGAAGCUACCGCCGGAAGUUGUUGAGCCUUUAGUUGCGUUCCAUGGCAUCACGUGCUACAACUUCGACAAGCGCACGCGUUUGGGUCAGAAGGUGAAUGCAGUGCUUAAGGCUGUCAACUCUGCCGAUUGCGAGUUGGACCAAGUGCUACAAAAUUUAGAGGAGAAUAGACACUCUGACAUGAUACAUGAGUUCCAUCCGUUUCGGAACCAUUUCGGAUUCGUUUCUGCCGUUCCUACUGGUACUGCUGGCUCCAUUUUGAUGGGGCGUGAGGAAAGUGGAACGGACAAGGAGCUUAGGAUGAUUCGAUAUCCAACGUUGCAGCGCGUGGCCCAUACUUUGCCGAAGGAUGCAAAGUAUCGUGCCAUCGUUGCCCAUGCAAUUCGAGUUCUUGAGCGAUCUCGGGGUUGGGACUUCAAAGACAAGCUCAAGAAAACCUGGAAUGACGAGGCAGACAAAGUCUAG